AUAUUUUAAUAGAACAUAGAAGUGCAUCGUCAAUUCAAACAAAGCCUUCUUUCUUGCCUAAGGGAAAAAUUAGUUUUACGCCUUCAUACUGCUUAGCAAACGUUUUUCUGCUUCUGCUUAUACUACUCUACUAGAUAGUAUAACUAUUAUCGGGUCCAGUUCUUCUUUUAUUGUUUAGUCGAAGAUUCGUUCAUUUGUACAGACUGUUCAGUUAUGGAUGAGGUUGAGGAUGCCGCCGCCGGUACUGGUCAAAGUCUCUACCCACUCCACCGUACUAAAACUCUUCAUCUGGUGAGGCAUGCUCAAGGGCUUCAUAAUGAGGCAAUAAGCAGAAAGGAUCCUAAGCAAUAUUUUGAUCCACAACUUACCCAUCUUGGCUGGAAACAGGUUGAAAAUUUGCGAAAUCAUAUUGAAGAGUGCGGACUUCACAAGAAAAUUCAAUUAGUGGUGACUUCUCCUUUGUUAAGGACUAUACAAACAGCAAUUGGAGUGUUCGGAGGUCGUGAGGAUGGCCGCCCUACAAUUGAAAAUCAAAACAGCCCACCAUUUAUUGCUGUAGAGCUUUGCCGAGAACUUUUAGGAGUUAAGCUACAUGAGAAAAGAAGAAGUGUUAGUGAGUAUCAAUCUCUUUUUCCUACUAUUGAUUUUUCACUGGUAGAAAGUGACGAAGAUAUAUUGUGGAAGCCUGAUAUCAGAGAGACUAGAGACGAAAUAGUAGUCAGAGGACAAAAUUUUUUUAACUGGUUGUGGACCCGAAAAGAGGAGCAGAUUGCAAUCGUUACCCAUUUUAUAUUCUUAUUUGAGAAUUUAAGGGCUUUCUGCUCCAAUAAGGACUGUCAUCCUUCCGUGACAACCGAAAUAAGUGCAAGGUAUAGUAUUCAUUCCUUUAAUUUAGUCCAAGUAACUUUUUUUUUUCUUUUUAUAAAAAAAACUUAGUCUAAAUAAAUGGUGUCAUUAACUCUUAAUCUUAUUUCUUUAAAAAGUAUUCUUAUUCUUACCAUUUCCACGUCUAAAUCUCCAAGUAUUACUGUUUACGUUGUCUAAAAAACUAAGACAUUCCUAAUUUAUAGUCAAUAUUUACACAAAAAUGAUAUCCGUAAAUUUUAAUUUAAUUUGUGAGACCUUGAGCAUUAGUCAGUAAAAAAAUGAUAAACGUUGUAUACAUUCGAUAGUAACAACAAAAAAUUACACAAUAGAACAACUAGUCAUUUUGUCCAUCUGAUUUUUUUUAUUCUUUAUUCAAAUGCUGUCUAAAAGACAUUCUAAUUUUAUUCUUAAUUUUUACAUUGAUUAUGCCAAUCUCUCUUUACCUAUAAUAAUAUAUAUAUAUAUAUUUAUAUAAAUAAGUAUCUUCGCUACCCUUUAGUAUUUUAAGCACAUCAUAAAUUACAACUCUAUAUUUUUUUUCAUUAAUGUGUAUAUUGUAGUUACACAGGGCUUCUCACAAAUUUUUAAAAAAUUCUGAAUAAUUUAGAAUGUCGGAAUCAUGAUUCAAAUAACUUGUUGCUCGAGUACUUAUUUCGAUAUUUAUAUACGUGUACAACAAACUAUUUGAAUCAUGAUUUUGUUAUCCUAAAUUGUCCGGAAUACUGAAUAAUUUAUGGUAAAACUCUUAUAAUUACAUUACAUAUCGUCAUGUAAAAAAUAUAAAGUUGCAACUUAUGUAUAUACUAAAAGUACAUAUAGGUAGUGAUUAUUACUUAAUAAUUUUCUCUAUAUAAAAAUAUUAGGAGUGUUCGUAGUGCGAGCGGUGCGGUUUUUUGCCAAUUUAUUAGACUGCACCGCAUAUGCAGUUUGAACAAUUUUCUAAACCGCAACCUGCAUCACAUAGACCUCAAACUGCACUGCAAAAAUGUGGUGUGGUGCGGUGUGGACGGUUCAUACCUAUCACCAAAUAAUUUAACAAUUGAAUAUUAUAAUUAAUAAAGAUUCAUAAUAAAACUCAUAACUAAAAAUUGUUUAACAAAAUAAUAAAUAUAUUACAAACUAAUAAACUUUUUGCAAAAUAAUAAAAAUACAAUAAACUAAUAAAAAAAAUAGAAGUAAAGAUUUUAAUUAAGGAGGAUUAUCUUUAGGUUGAAGUAGAAUAUAUGUUAGCAUCUUAUGAAAUAUGAUAAUUUUUCUAGAUAUUGUGUAUAUUAUACUAUAUAAAUAUAUAUAUCCAUUAAGUUUAAAUGUAGUAAAAUUGAAAAAGUAUAUAUAAAAAAAUUAAUAUAUAUAUAAUUAUGUGGUGAGAUGCGGUUUAAAAUCAUUUAUGAAAUUCAAAACCGUAAACUAUACCGCACUGCGCGGUUCGGCCAAAAUAGAAACUAAAACCACACUGCGAAGGGUUCUAAAUCGCAAAUUGUUGUGUGGUGUAGUAUGAGCGGUUUGUGUAGUGGGGCGGUUUGAUCAACACCCCUAAUAAAUAUAAAUAAAUCUAAACUAAUGUUAGUUUUAUUAACUUUUAUAAAUAUAAAUAGUUUGUCGUAGAAAUUUUAUUAGUUUGUUGUGAGCGUUUUAUAUAUUUCAUCAUCCCACACACAAAGGAUGACUUUGAUACGUGGCCUAUAACUUUUAAUAUAUUUUAAAAUUAUUUUUAAUUGAGUAUUAUAAAAGUUUAUUAAAUAAAUUUUAAAUAAUGCUAGAUAACAAGUGUAUUUUACAUAAAAAUGUUAUUUAAAAAAUCAAUACUUUAAACAAAGUAACUAAUACAUUCCACAAUGUUACAUAAAUAGAUUCGUCUUGUAUUUUUCAAAUGCGAAAGUAUUAAUGAAAUGUGCAUAAUGAAGUUUUUUUAACUAGAUAUAUUUUUCAAUGGCUACUCAAUCUUUUUUUGGAUAGUUGAAUGUAGGAAAGAAAUUAAAAAAACAAAUGCUAAUAAAGAAAAUUAAAAGAAAUGAAAUGGAAUGGAAUAAUUUGAUUUUCAAGGAUGUCUAUAGAUGUCAAUCCCUUUUUUAGUGUGAAAAAAAGAACUAAAUUGCAAUACUUACCGCAUCGAAAGAAAAAUGGAACAUUUAAUUUAUUUGGCAAUGAUAGACAUAGCAAUCUUACUAAGAGACGAUAGAAGGAAGUAGAAGCGAGUAUUUUACAACAAUAAUGGCAUGUUUACUAAUGGCAAUAAUAGACAUAGGAAUCAUAGGUUAGGUGGUGUAAUCAUUCCCUGUUAAAUGACAAAUAAGACCCAAUAUUUUGUAAAACAGAACAAAAUAGUUUUUUGAGUCCAAUUUUGGUCAACCAAUUUUUAAAUAUGAUUAAAAUAUCCUCAAUUUUUUUAAUUAAUGAAUUAAAAAACAAAUAAAAAUAAGAAAUUAGAAAGUUUAUUUUAAAAAUAAAAUAGUUUUAUUUAAAACCUAUAUUCAUUAGAACUUAAAAAUAAUUAAAACAAACUUUCCCAAAAAUCUCCUCCCUCCUUCUACUUCUUCUAAGCAGAACCCAAUGCCCAGAAAUCCAAUGCCCACGACAUGAACGUCAAGCACUGAGCAGAACCCAUUCCGAUUCUGGCCAUCCACGACUUUUUCCUCACCUCCUUCCUCGGCGCCUUUUGAACGACGAUCAUGACCAGAGCCAACUUCCACGCCACGAUGAGACCCAUCACCAUGGCGAUCGUCACUGCUGAGGCAGCUUGGACUAGGAGCGAGACUCGAUCCGCCACGAAGGAUUUCACCAUGGAUGCCUCGUUGUUGAGGCGUGAGCACAACGCUUCACUCAAGUUCUUCUCUUGAUCGAACCAAGCCGUUUCGAAGGUCAGGAUCUUCUCCAGCAUCCAUAUCCGGAUCCGCUUCGUCAACCGCUCCCCCAUGAAGGCGAAAUUGUAGUGUUGGAGGAGAUUUAGAAUGAUGGAGACAAGCAAGAGAAAGCAUAAGAUCAGGGUGAUGGGGAGGAGGAGGCUAGGUAAUGGAGAAUUUAGGUUUCAUUCUUAGUAGUCGAAGUUAAAGGCUAGAAGAUCUGAGUUUGUGAGUGUUCAAAAUCUCUUUUUGUUUCUUUUUCUUUUGGUUGAAAAGAUUGUUGUUGCAUCUGAGUUUUUGAACAUAAACAAAGAACAAAAACAAAGAACAUGAACAUCUUCACCUCGGCUUGCUCAAACAGAUCUAAGUUUUGAAUUUUUUUAAUUAUUUGAGUAAAAUCAGAUCCGAGAUAUGAGAUUUUGCGUUUUUUGUGUUGUGAUUUGGUUGUGAUGAAGAAGAGAUGAACACUGAUAGAUGUGGGUUUUUUUAAUAUGAAAUUUUGUGUUUUUUGUGUUGUUAUUUGGUUGUGAUAAUGAGAAGAUGAAAGAUUGAUAA